CCAAAUCUAAUACUCCCACUUCUUAUCAUCACUCUAGUAUUACACUGAUAACCCAUUUCCACCGGAAAUCAUUGGCAGAGCACCGGGCCAUUGGCCAUUCAUUCUAUUCCAACGUCAAAAGAUCGCCAAGUCAUAUUCUAUCAGUUUUAAAGGCUUCGAAUCCCAAAAGAGAUGCAAACCGGAGCCCUGAUUUCCUACAUGACGCCUUCCUCCUGCUCCUCCUCCUCUUCAUUGUAUCCUGUUCUUUGUAUUGCCUUUCCCGGCAUUGAAAUACGAAACGAUGUUUCAUUCCCUUGCAAGAUUCCUUCUGGGAUUGCGAGAGGUAGCAGGAAUCUCAAGGUCUCUCAGUUGAGUGCUGGCUUCUGGGAAGCAAUUACAUCUGGGUUUUCAAAGAAUAACAGUUUGGUCGAGCCUCCAUCUUCUGUCCAAGAAGAGGAAGAUCAUGUGCCUGAGGAAUUUAUUCUAGUUGAAAAGCCUCUACCAGAUGGGGCAGUUGAACAGAUUAUAUUUUCUUCUUGCGGGGAUAUUGAUUUGUAUGAUCUUCAAGAAUUAUGCGAUAAGGUUGGCUGGCCUAGAAGGCCACUGACUAAGCUCGCCACAGCUCUUAAAAAUAGCUACAUCGUGGCAACUUUACAUUCUAGAAUAGUAUCAACAGAAGAAGUUACUACUUGGCAGAGGUGAAUGUCCAAAAGAAGCUGAUAGGUAUGGCACGUGCGACAUCAGACCAUGUCUUUAAUGCUACCAUUUGGGAUGUUCUUGUAGAUCCUUCCUAUCAGGGCCAAGGGCUUGGAAAGACUCUUAUUGAGAAGCUCAUUCGGACACUUUUGCAAAGGGACAUUGGAAAUAUUUCAUUGUUUGCUGACAGUCAAGUUGUUGAAUUUUAUCAGAACCUAGGGUUUCAACCUGACCCUGAGGGUAUCAAAGGCAUGUUCUGGUACCCAAGGUCGUAGUAGUAGUUUGUAUAUGGUUGUUGGAGCGAAAGAAUCAUCAUGCAGCUGUCUAGGCAACAGUCGUGUUUCAGGCAUUUUGUUGUCAGAAGAAUCAUCCUCUUAUGAUUGUUGGAAUCUCCCAACCCCGAACCCUUAUGUUACACUAAUUCAGUAAUGUACAUUCAUGGAGAAGAUGGAGGAACACUUGUGUAUUGACUAUUGACCAUAUGAAGUAAUAACUUUUGGGAGCAUGUCAUCA